CUAUAUAAAGUACAGAGUGGCUGUCUCUCUAUCCUUCGACGAUCCCUCGCGCGCCCGGCCAGUUGAAAAUAUCCUCGUGCUUGGGAGGUGAUCCGGGAUUUCAGAAGAGGAGAGAGGACGGGGAGACAUCACCUGCACAACUCGGCAGCCAUGCAGACCCUCGCGGUCCCUGUUUUGCUGUUUUGGCUCAUCUGGGGCCACACCUGCGCUCUCGGCGGAAAAGUCAAUAAGCACAAGCCGUGGAUAGAAACAUCUUACCAUGGUGUGAUCACAGAGAACAUGGACACGGUGCUGCUGGACCCGCCGCUGGUCGCUCUAGACAAGGAUGCCCCGGUCCCGUAUGCUGGGGAGAUUUGUGCCUUUAAGAUCUACGGUCAGGAUGCUCCAUUUGAGGCUGUGGUGUUGAAUCGCACAUCAGGGGAAGGAGUCCUGAGAGCCAGUAGCCCUGUGGACUGUGAGAGCCAGAAAGAGUACACCUUCAUAAUCCAGGCCUACGACUGUGGGGCUGGACCCACCGGGGCUGACUGGAAGAAAUCCCACAAGGCGGUGGUUCACAUCCAGGUGGACGACGUCAACGAGUUCUGCCCCGUGUUUCGAGAGCCCCUCUACAAGGCAUCAGUAACAGAAGGCAAGAUUUACGACAGCAUUUUGCAGGUGGAAGCCUGGGACCAGGACUGUUCACCACAGUACAGCCAGAUCUGCAACUAUGAAAUUGUCACUGCAGGGACACCGUUUGCCAUAGACCGUAAUGGCAACAUCAGAAACACAGAGCGGCUGAGCUAUGACAAGCAGCAGAGCUACCAGAUUAUGUUGACGGCCUUUGACUGUGGUCAGAAGAGAGCAAAGGAGGAUGUGGCUGUGCAUAUUGAUGUCAAGCCUGUCUGCAAACCCGGAUGGCAAGGUUGGAACAAGCGGGUGGACUAUGAGCCAGGGACUGGAAGCAGGCAGCUAUUUCCCAAAAUGCACUUGGAAACAUGUGGAGGUCCCCUGUCUGGCGUGAGGGCAAUGGUCGAACUGCAGACCAGUCACAUCGGGAAGGGCUGUGACAGGGAAACAUACUCUGAGAAGUCUCUGCAAAAACUCUGUGGUGCAGCAUCAGGCAGCACCGACCUCCUUCCUGCCCCCAGCCCCACCACAAACUGGACGGCAUCUCUGCUGACUGACAGCGGCCGAGACAGCGACCUCAUCUACAGAUUUGACGGGCGUCAGGCUGCUAACGUUCCAGAUCACGUGGUGCCCCAAAACCUGACAGACCAGUUCACCAUAGCCACAUGGAUGAAGCACGGGCCCAGUCCAGGACUCAGAGCUGAGAAGGAAACCUUGCUGUGUAACUCGGACAAGACUGAAAUGAACCGCCACCACUACUCUCUGUAUGUUCACAACUGCCGCCUGGUGUUCCUGCUCAGAAGAGAUUUCACUCAGGUCGACACUUUCAGACCUGCUGAGUUCCACUGGAAGCUGGAGCAGAUCUGUGACAAGGAGUGGCACUAUUAUGUGAUCAAUGUGGAGUUUCCUGCAGUCACUCUAUUUGUGGAUGGUGUGACCUAUGAACCCUACCUGGUGACAGAUGACUGGCCAAUCCACACCUCAAAGAUUGAUACACAGCUAACAGUGGGUGCCUGCUGGCAAGGUGGUGAGGUGGCAACCCCGAGGUUCACCCAGUAUUUCCACGGCAGCCUGUCAGGUCUGACAGUCCGACCAGGCCGCAUUGAAACCCAGAAGGUUAUCUCCUGUUUGCAGGCCUGCAAGGAAGGCCUUGAUAUCAACUCACUUGAAAGCCUGGCUAAGGACAUCAAGUUCCAUUUUAACCCUGCCCAGUCCGUACUGGUGGUGGAAGGAGAGGAUGUGGACAGCAUCAACACAGCCAUGACCAAAGUCUCCUACAUUAACUCUCGCCAGUUUCCCACGCCAGGCCUCCGACGGCUACGCAUCACCACCACAGUACAGUGUUUCGGGGAGGACACAUGUCUCUCCAUCCCAGACAUCAAGGCGGUAGUGAUGGUCCUCCCGCCCAGUGAACCGAGAAUCACCAUUACAGGAUCUAAUCGACUCGUCAGGCCUGCCGGUGACCUUCGGGGCCCGCUGGGUGUGGCCCCCUUCAAAGAGCUUCACAUCACCAGCACUGUAAUGAAGGGAGACGGCUUUGGUGGAUCCCGCAGACCAGGUGUGAUGGAGGUGAUGCAUAACCUGGACUACUGUGAUGUCCUAGUAAUUGGGGAUGAAUUGAAUCCUGAGAGAGAGAGUCUGGAGAUUCAUCACAGUGCUUUGUUGGGAAAACAUCUGGAUGCCACCAACUCCACCUCUGGAAUAUCAAUAUAUGGCGUGGACUCCAUGUCCCACUAUGAGCAGGCACUGAGACAGGUGCGCUACAGGAACUGGCGACCUGCCACCCUGAGUGAGAGAAGGUUCAGACUCACCUGCUCUGAACUCAACGGACGUUACACCAGCAAUGAGUUCAAUUUAGAGGUCAGUGUUCUUCACCACUCACCUGCGCCUGUGGAACAUGUUAAUCAUAUGGCUGCCCAACCUCAAUAUAUGAGACCCGUCCAUCACCCACUCAUGAUCCACACUCUCAACUCACACAUGUCAGGGGGAGCAGCACCUCCAGCAGCCACAGUAGUUAUUGUGGUUUGUAUCGCCGCCCUGGUGGUAAUUGUGGUGAUUGGCGUGUACAGGAUCCACGCCACACAUCAGGAGGGGUCCAGAGAAGAUGAGGACGGUGGCAAAGACCCUGAGGAAGACUGGGACAACUCUGCACUCACUAUUACUGUCAACCCCAUGGAGAACAUAAAAGGAGCUCAGGCGCUUGAUGAAGAGGCAAAAGAAGAAGGACGCGUGGAGGAGGACGAAGAAGACGAUGAGGAGCGGGUGGGAGGAAUGACAAGUGCUGAGUCAGACAACAGCGAUGAAGACGAAGAGGAGGAGGAAGAAGAAGACGAAAAAGAAGAGGGGAAAGAGAGGAUGCAGAAGGGAAAAUUAGAGUGGGACAGUUCAUCCAUGACAUACUGACCACACAUGUACACACAUUAAUAUACACCUGCACAUACAAACCUUCCUUACUUCAUCUGUCACACUCUCUAUCAGCCACACACACCAUCAUCAUCAUCAUCAUCAUCAUCCACGCUCAGUACACACACACACAUAUACAUAUGCACACAGAAACAAAAUCUCUGAUAAAAUUAUUUACAAUCUGUUGCUUGAAAAAAAAACAAAAAACCACUGAAUCUUCCCACAUUGUCACUUUUAAUGAAACAUCUUCCUCUGCUGGACAAAGUCAGAACUACAGAAUCAGCUGCAGUCCCACAGUGCUGGAAUUAGUUUAAUUAAAUUACUCACAUCACAGCCAGUGAAGAAGCUAAACUUAUGGAUAUCAAACAAGCACAGUCUCUCCUUAUAUGUGCACAAUUGGUACAUGAAAUUGGGUUCAAAUCUUAAAUAUGGUGACAGAAAUUCUCAUCACAAAUUCAAAUAUUUUGGAUAUUAGCACAAAAAUAAUGUGGGCUUUUAUCUCAGCAUUGAAUAUUUUCCCAUUGCAUGUGUCCUCAGAUUAUUUUUGUGUUGUUUGUUUUUUUAAACAGAUUGUUUGCAAUAAGAUGGGUUACAAUACUAUAGCAGAUUUAUAAACGAGAUGUAUCCAUACACAUAUCCGUUGUUUAAUGUUUCCAUAAACAUUUUAAAUGUCGUUCUUUUUGCAUAUAUAGUAGGUAUGACAUAGCUGUUCUGUCACUCAGUGCAUAUCCUCUGUUCUCAUCUUUAACUUGAACCAGUGAUGUCUGUGUGAUUAGUGCUGAGUUUCUCUAAAUACAUCGCAGUGCUGUGGUUCUGUGGCCUGGACACUAAAGAGAAACAAGAUCCUGUUAUCAUGUUAACUCUUACCAGAAACAUUCAGAAACAUUUGUCCUGACUUACAUACAAAACAAAAGUAUGACUUGUUUUACACUUUUGGUUUCUCAAAUCCAUUUUAAAAUAGUACUGUGGCCUGUUGUAGCCUUGACUAUUUGGAGUUAGGUCAGCUGUCUUUCUUUUUUCAGCAGAUGACAUGAUACAGAGAUGUUACUGUAUGCUACUGAUAUCACGUUUUUGAUUUAUUUUCAGUGCUGUAGUAAAUGGAGCCCUCUAUGCAAUUAUGGGCCCAUUAUAAAAGACCAGUUCACAGAAACUCCAGCAAUUUAGUUUGCACUGCGUGUGACAGGCCGAUUUGAAAAUGGGUCAGAUUUGCAACAGAGAGGAUAUCCUGACUUGAGUGCCUAGUAUGGGUCAAACUCCAAACACAUUGGAUUCUACACUUCCAAUAAUGCAACUCGGCAGCAUCUGUAGACCUGCCUGACAAAUACCCAUGGGUUGGUUUCACAAAGAUAGACUUUGACUAUGGUUUAGAUCAAACUAACAGUCAGACUUCAGAUAGAUGUCGAAAUUAAUCCUUCACAUAAAACUGUCCUGGCUUUUUUAAUUUUCUUAAGUAACACUAAUGUGCUAUGAAAUCUGGUUCAGUUCAGAUUUAUUUCUAAAUUUAAAACAGCUUUGUUCAUUCCAGCAGGACAUUUUCCCUGGGAAAAAU